AUGUUUUUUUCAGAGGAUGAAAUCUCAAAGCUUUAUAGGAUCCAAAACACGGUGAUGCAAAUGCUGAGAGAUAGGGGCUAUCUUGUUGGUGAUUUUGAGAUCAACAUGUCCAAACAAGAUUUUAUGAACAAGUAUGGAGAAUACAUGAAAAGGGAAGACCUUGUUAUCAACAAAGCCAAGAGAGAGAGUUCCACUGAGCAGAUCUAUGUUUUUUUCCCUGAGGAAGUUAAGGUUGGGGUAAAGACGAUGAAGACUUAUGCCAAACGCUUACAUGAAGAGCGUGUUUUCAGAGCAAUCUUGGUUGUUCAACACAAGCUAACUAAUUUUGCCCUGAACAGUGUUCGUGAAAUGUCUUCCCACUUUCACGUAGAGAUUUUUAUGGAGUCAGAAUUGAUGAUGAACGUAACCGAGCAUGUUCUAGUCCCUAAACAUCAGAUACUGACAGACUCAGAAAAGAAAACUCUGCUUGAGAGAUAUGCUGUAAAAGAAAAUCAGCUACCUAGAAUCCAGGCGAAUGACCCUGUUUCCAAAUACUAUGGACUGCAACAUGGACAAGUUAUAAAGAUAAUUAGGUCAAGUGAGACUGCUGGCAGAUAUGUUACCUACCGACUUGUUGUUUAA